AUGAGGCUUCUAAUGUCUUCUUCGGAUCAAGACGAAGGUGAAAUGAAGAUAUUUACUAAUUGGAUACUUGAUGUUGGAAAUGGAAAUAUUGGCUCUGUUGUUGGUGAUGAAUCAGAAGUUGAAAUUUCAGAUGAUCUAUUGAUUACAACUACUGAUGAUCCUCUCUCUCAUUUGGUAGACUUUGCAUAUCCAAAUUUGUUGCAAAACAUGUCAGAUUAUAGGUAUUUUCAGAGUAGAGCAAUUCUUGCACCCACACUUAAGAGUGUCGAGAAGGUAAACGAUUUUGUCUUGACAAUCUUUCCAGGGAUGGAAAAGGAGUAUUUGAGCUCUGACACAACAUGUCAAACUGAUGAGAAUGAAGAUAUAAAACAAGAGUGGUUCACACCAGAGUUUCUAAAUAACAUCAAAUGUUCGGGACUACUCAAUCACAAGUUGACUUUGAAGCCAGAAGUGGCUAUAAUGCUACUGCGAAACAUAGACCAGACUUCAGGUUUAUGCAACGAAACAAGAUUAAUAGUUAACAAACUUGGCAGCAACGUAAUUGGAGCGACGGUAGUGACCGGUAAAAAUAUUGGAGAUAAAGUGUACAUUCCAAGAAGAAACUUGAUUCCUUCAGAUUCAGGAUUGCCAUUUAAGUUCCAAUGGAGACAAUUUUCAUUAACAGUAUACUUUGCAAUGACCAUUAACAUGAGUCAGGAUCAAUCAUUAUCACAUGUAUGGCUUUAUUUGCCAAAAUCAGUGUUCACCCAUGGACAACUUUAUGUUGCUUUGUCAAGAGUUAAGAGUCGCAGUGGUCUCAGGAUAUAA